AUGCACUAUGAGGUGGCAGAUUAUCCGAAGUCCAGCAGCGGUGCAGCACUUUUUGACGUUCUUGACAAAUGCCAAGUCAUGCCAAUGAAGGAGCUGCCCCAAGUCAAUUGUUCUAACUCCAGCCGAGCUUUCUUGAAUUCCCAGAUGUCCUUUAAAAUAACUGUCAGCAAUGGGGGCAGCAGCGUUGAAGCUCAGCAGAGCCCACCAGAACUGCCAGUGCCCCUGCUAGAUUUCUUUCCCAAAAGGCCUAGCAUAUUUGAGAGACUCCCUAUUCUCCAGAGGGCACAGGAGACAUUAUGCACUAAAGCUGGCAGAGAAUAUUUUCAACAGAAGGUGAAUGGUGGCUACAAACAUUGUAAUCUGGUAUCUGAGAAGAAUAACAUGAUGGACGUUGAGAUGACAAAUAGCUUGGGGUCCAUGUGUAGACAGAACCUGCUCAUCCAUUCAGGAAACUCGCUUACCCGAGACCACCCGUUGCCUUGUGAAAGACUCCUACAUGUUAGUCACCUGAACUUAUCUUGCUCAGACACAAGGCCUCCCUCUUUUCAAGAUUCGGCAGACUCUUCCACUCCAUGCAUGAAUGGGAGCCACACUACUCAGCAUAUAAAACAGGAAUGCCCGUGCGACUAUAAGGGCCUUUCUGAUGUUUCCACGCACAGAGGGAUUACUGAAGGAAUGGAGCUGAGAGGCUCAGGCAGUCUUCAUCCUGAAAUAGACCUAAUGAACAACGGCCUUACAAAUUCACUUUCAUCGUACUUGUUUAAUAAUGAACACGGCUCCUCCCUGGGUUCAUUGUCACUCAACAGUCCUCAACAUUCAAGCAGGCAUCAGGCAAACAACCUGAAGAAGAGAUGCAUCUCCAUGCUGCCGUCCUCUGCUGAGGGGAUUGAUAUUACAACAAUCAUUCGCACUUCACAGACAUCACUGGUUACCUGCAUGAAUGGUCUGCGAACUAAUUCAGCUGGGAUUUCCUCUUCUCCUGGGGAGAUCACUCUGCACAGUGCUCAGAAACCCUCUCGGCCCCUGUCUUCCUCCCAUCCUGGGAACCGCUGCCAUCUUUCUUCUCCUUCAGUAUGCCUUCUACCUGUUUCCACUGAAAUUGUCCAAGGGGACUGUGAUCAUCUGCAAAUGCAGCAAGCAGGAGAAAAUGCAAGCCUUCGCCUUAUAAUGAACAGUCAUAGUACUCAGCAGGAUGCUCCACAUAGUAACCAGAAGCUGAAUUUUUUAAAGCAAGAACCACUUGAUGAAUAUUCUUCUGCCUCUGAUCUUUUUCAGCAUCAUCAAGAGCUGCCACCACCUUAUCAUUUACACCAGCAGCAAAGCCAGACUCAAGGGACACUUUCUCAUUUACAUGCCUCCAUGUCUCCAAAGUCUCUCCAGAUGAGUGAAGGUGAUGAGCAGGAGACCAGCAGUGGAAAACAGGCCUGUCGGUGGAUUGACUGUAGUGCUGCCUACGAGCAACAAGAUGAACUGGUGCGGCACAUUGAAAAAACACAUAUUGAUCAAAGAAAAGGGGAGGACUUCACUUGCUUCUGGACAGGUUGCGUCCGUCGGUACAAGCCUUUCAAUGCUCGUUAUAAGCUUCUCAUCCAUAUGAGGGUUCAUUCUGGGGAAAAACCAAACAAGUGUAUGUUUGAAGGGUGCAACAAAGCAUUUUCUAGACUUGAAAACCUUAAGAUCCACCUGCGGAGUCACACGGGUGAGAAGCCUUAUCUUUGUCAGCAUCCUGGUUGCCAGAAAGCUUUCAGCAAUUCGAGCGACCGAGCUAAGCAUCAACGAACACACCUGGAUACUAAACCAUAUGCUUGUCAGAUUCCUGGGUGCUCCAAGCGCUACACUGAUCCAAGUUCUCUCCGAAAGCAUGUGAAAGCUCAUUCUGCCAAAGAACAGCAGCUACAUUCGUGCUCCGAUGCUGAACAAGACAUACUAAGUGAGUGCUUAGCCAUGCAGCAGCUUCACCCUUCUUCACAACAUGUUUUGGAUGGAAAGUGUGGACGAUCAAUGAGUCACCAUGACCUGAUAACAGGUAUGUACACUGGUUCUAGCACUAACCACAGCGGACCAUCUCCUGAUCUCCUGUUAACACCUCAUGAUGUGUCUUCAAGGCAGCAUAUGCUUGAGUCGACCCUUGCCAGUACACACCAUCAUGUAUCUCAUAUAGAAAGCGCCAGAGAAGGUGUUGUUCCAAAUAUUCAUUCUUCUCUUGUCAGUCCAUUGAAAACGGCAGUUGCUCCCUCCCUACUUCAGAAACACAGCUCACCGUCGUCACAUAGCCAGUCUCCAAAUGGACAGCACUUCUCAGCAAAUAAACCAUACACGCAGUUUCAAAAUCCAUCUACACAGCAUGGACCACAAGGUUAUCAAGGCAGCUUUCACUCUAUACCGAACUGUUUCCACUAUGAAGACUGUUACAGAACAAUGGAGUCAUCUGUCAACAGUGAUAUACUAUCAGGGGAAUCCCAUUGCUUUAACCCUAUGCGACAAAAUGGCUAUCACAUCCUCAGUGCACCUGUAGCUUCGACAGGCUAUGAGGCCAUUUCUGAAGCACAAUGUGUAUCAGAAGAAGUUAUCAAUGGAACAGAAGACAAUAAUGGAUUUUUCCAAAAUGGCACUUUUGACCACUGUUUGAAUCACAUUCCUCCCAUCUACACAGAUACCUAA